AUGGGACAAGAAAAUCCAAAACAAGACCAGAUCUUUCAGGAAUCUUCACCACCAAAGUGCAGUCUCAGGCAAGCUAUUGAGGUUACUUCUUCUUUGAUCUCCUAUUCUCAUCCAAUUAAAGUUUUUGCUGUGAAAUGGCAACUAAUUAGAAACAAGCUAGAAGAGCUAAACUCAAGCUUAAUUGCCAUAGAGAAUUGUGAUUCAAGCCAGAAUCCAAUAUUUUCAGGCAUGAUAUCUGCCAUCUUGGCCUCUGUUAGUGAAUGCUAUGAUCUUGCUAGGAGGUGUGUGGAUCUUUCAUACAGUGGCAAGCUCUUGAUGCAGAGUGAUUUGGAUGUAAUGGUUGCGAAGUUUGAUGGACAUGUAAAAAAUCUAUCUGGGAUUUGUACUGCAGGCAUUUUGAGUCAGGGUUUCGCCAUUGUUGUGUCUAGGCCUGCAGUCAAUGCUUGCAAAGAUGAUAUGAGGUUUUACGUCAGAGAUCUGUUGACAAGAAUGAAAGUUGGUGACUUUGAAAUGAAGAGACAGGCUUUGGUCAAUUUGUAUGAUGUUGUUGUUGAAGAUGAGAGGUAUGUGAAGAUAAUUGUUGAAGUUGGUGACAUAGUGAAUAUAUUGGUUAGUCUUCUUGAUUCAAUGGAAAUGGAAAUUCAACAAGAGGCUGCAAAAGUUGUGUCAGUGAUUUCAGGGUUUGGUUUUUACAAGUCUGUUUUGAUUGGAGCUGGGGUUAUAGGCCCUUUGAUCAGGGUUUUGGAGAGUGGCAGUGAAAUAAGCAAGGAGGGUGCUGCAAGAAGUUUGCAAAAAUUGACUGAGAAUUCUGAUAAUGCUUGGUCAGUGUCAGCUUAUGGUGGUGUGACAGCUCUGUUGAAAAUAUGUGCUAGCGUUGAUUCUAGAGCAGAACUUAUUAGUCCUGCUUGUGGGGUAUUGAGAAAUCUUGUUGGUGUUGAUGAAAUAAAGAGAUUCAUGAUUGAAGAAGGUGCAGUCUCCACAUUUAUCAAGCUGGCAAGAUCAAAAGAUGAAGCUGUGCAGAUAAGUUCGAUUGAAUUCCUUCAAAAUAUUGCAUCUGGAGACGAAUCAGUGAGGCAAUUGGUGGUCAGAGAAGGUGUAAUUCGGGCAUUAGUACGCGUUUUUGAUCCGAAAAUUGCGUGUUCUUCAAAAUCUCGAGAGAUGGCACUAAGGGCAAUUGAGAGUCUAUGUUUCUCUUCAGCUGGUUAUAUCCGUAUGUUGAUGAGUUAUGGAUUUAUGGAUCAGCUUCUUUUCUUCCUUCGAAAUGGAGAUGUUUCUGUUCAAGAAUUGGCAUUGAAAGCAGCAUUUAGACUCUCUGGAACAUCAGAAGAGACGAAAAAGGCAAUGGGGGAUGCUGGAUUUAUGUCAGAAUUUGUUAAGUUUCUUGAUGCAAAAUCAUUUGAAGUUAGAGAAAUGGCAGCUGUGGCACUCUCCAGCUUGGUCUCAGUGCCUAAAAAUCGUAAAAGAUUCGUGCUGGAUGAUCGCAAUGUGGGUUUUCUUCUUCAAUUGCUUGACCAAGAUGAGGCAAAUUCAGGUAGCAAAAAGUUCUUAAUCUCUAUACUAUUGUCCUUAACAAAUUGCAAUAGUGGAAGAAAAAAGAUUGUCAAUUCUGGUUAUUUGAAGAACAUAGAAAAACUUGCAGAAGCUGAAGUUUCUGAUGCUAGAAGACUUGUCAGGAAGCUAUCUACAAAUAGAUUCCGUAGUAUGUUAAAUGGAAUCUGGCAUUCUUGA